CCGAAAAAAAAUUCAUAAAAUCUAACAUCUGAUUCGAGUUCCUCGACCCCGAUUACCCUUCGGUCAAUCCUUAUAGAAAAAAUUCCUUUUAUAUCCUUACCUCAUUCUUCGAUCAAUCGGUGAAGUGCGGACAUACAAGCAAUCAAGCAAUCAAGCAAACAGACAAUUUAUGUUUGCAAGACUCUUCUCUACGAGAAAGAGAACAUCAGUUAUCUAUAUUAUAUUUUACAUUCGGAAACUUUUUCUUAUGAACAUUAAAUCAAUUGUUUUUUAUAUUAUAUUAAAUUUUCCUCAUAAUAUUAAUUUUUUUCCUACGAUGUUACAGUCCAACCAAGGAGAAGAAGGCGAGACUCCGGUACUCCCGAAAUAUAGUGGAAGUACAACAGAGUACAGUAAGAAUACAGGGAAGGUACAGGAGAGCACAGGGGACUGCAGUAAGAGUAUACGAGACUACAGUGAAAGUAUAGGAGAUGUAUAGGGAAGUACAGUAAGAGUAUAGGCAAUGUACAGGAGAGUACAGGGGUGUAGAAGAAAUCCAGUGAGAGUAUGUACUCCAGGAGCUCCGCCUUUCUCCCUUGAAUGCAACCCUUCACAGGAGCCUCUAGUUAAACAUUUUAAAACGAUAAUUUCACAUUGCCGAACUACCUUCUAAUUCAGAUUGCUGUCAUCAUACAUGUGCUGCGCAGCAAGAUAUUUUUUGUUAUUUUGAGUGACUUAUUUUCUUCCAUAGGAUUUUGGAUAUUGAUGAAAAUGAUUUUUAUCAAGUACUGAACAUUCAUCCGAACGCUACACAAAUCGAAAUUCGAAAUGCAUAUUUGAAACGUGCAUUGGAAUGGCAUCCUGAUAGGAAUAUUGACAGUACUAUCCAAGCAAAACAAUUGUUUCAAGCACUUAGACGAGCAUAUGAAAUAUUAUCGAAUGAAACUGGAAGAAAAGAAUACAAUGCCAAUACUGAUAUCGGUAGAGAUGAUGACAAAGACGACGAUUUUCUUUUUGAGAAAUCGAAUUUGGCUGCAUUACAUAUGGGUCCCAAAAUGUCCGAUAUCUACCGAACCCAGAUUGAUGAAUAUAUUACUAAUUACGAGAGCUUAACUUUUGUUGAUAAUUUUUCAGAAAAAAUCAAGGAAAUUUUGGAAAGAUUCACCAAAGAUACUGAACAGAUCACGAAUCUAGAUAAUUAUGUACAAUGCAAUGUUUGUUAUCAAAGUAGUCUCAAUAACAAUGUACAUCAAGGUCAAAAUGUAGAAUCUUAUGAAAAAUUCUUUAAUGAUUCAACAUCUAUAAAACUUGAACAAAUAAUCGAUCAAUCAAUAUGGAAUUGGAAAUCAGUAGUAAUAACAACAAAAUAUUUAUCGUUGUGGAAUAACUCGCAAAGGUGGAAUCUAAUCAAACCAAUUAUUGAACAAAUAAGCAUACCAAUAGAGAUCGUUCGACAAUCAUCAAACAGAAGAUUUUGGACACGUUGUAUCGACAAAUAUGAAUGUGAAAAGGAAAAAUUAUAUAAAUUACCCGAACUAUUAUCAUGCAUAUGUUCCAUCAAUGUAUUACCGAAUAGCAACGAAGUAGAUGAAUUAAAACAAAUUUUUGAUAAAUACGAUCAAGAUGAAGAAGGAGGGGUAUUAACAAAAUUACAUCUUGUUAAUGAUCAACGUACAACCACUGGAGGUAAUUAUUGUCUUGUUGAUCCAUCAACUAAAAAUAAAUAUAUUGAUAUCGAUCAAUUUCGUUUUCCUAUUGAAAAUCCACCACCCUUUAUGGAUAAUGCUUCUCAGUGUAACGCAUGUAAAAGAGUGUUUACACUUCUUCAUCGUCGACAUACAUGUCGUAUGUGUAGUGAACAACAUUGUGCAGAAUGUUUAUCAUUUAAGAGAAUUCCUCAUCUUGGUUACAUUGCAAAACCUGUAAGAAUUUGUCGUAAAUGUUCUUGUAUAAAACAAUCUUUACUUUAUGAACAUCUGUUUAAUUAUGUUCAGCAGUUGAUUGAAUCAAAUCGAAUACAGUACCUAAAUGUUUAUUUAGCCCUCAUUAACAAAUAUGAACCAAAUGGUGAUGAGACAUUUUAUCGACAAGUUGGUGAUCGAUAUUUUGAUUUUAAACAAUAUUCUUUAGCUCUUCAAUGUUUUAUAUAUUCUAAAAUGAAUAAUGAUGAUUGGUUUCGAUAUUCUAUUGAUUUAUGUGCAAAAAAUGAAUAUGCUUAUGCACUUACUUGCAUGAAUCAAUGUCAAAACAACGAACAGUUCUGGCUAGAUCAAGCAAGUCAAAACAAUAAUCUAGUAUUCUCCGUUUUAUGUUAUCAAAGAAUAAACUUAUCUGUUGAAAAAUUAUUUACAAUUGUCGUGAAGUUAGAUGCAAGCAAUAUUGAUUCUUGUAUAUUUUAUUUAUUAUAUAUCAAUUAUAAAUAUGAUAGUAAUAGUCUAAAUUGGAAGACAUUGGGUGAAAAUUUCCUUUUGAAAAGAACAAGUACCCAUGAACAUGGGGAUCUUAUAAUGUUCUCGUUUUAUUUGUAUAAUAAAAUGGUAAUCAACAAUUGGAUUCAAAUCGCUGAACAGUUGAGUUCGACAGAACAAUUUGAAAAACUAUCUUAUCUAUUAUCAUAUUUACACGAUCGAAAGAUACAUCUAUCGGCAUCUACUGAUUCAUAUAUUAGAGGUUUCACAAAAAUAUUACAGAUACCAAUGACCAGACCAAUUAUGCUAGACGAUUGGUUAAAUGAAGUUUGUUUAUCAGAAGAUAUUCGUACUAUCACUAUCGGACUAGCAUUUAUUCAUAUAUAUCAAUACACGUCUUGGGAUUUGUAUAAACAAAAAUAUAUAGAUGAAAAACAAUAUUAUAAAGUUGUUCUAUGUCAUAAAAUGUUUGAACAAUUAUCUUCAAAUUCGAAUAAAGAUGAUACAUCGUGGUUUAUCAAAGGUAUUGAAGAUGCAAAUUCUAUUGCAUUUGAACUAUUUGAUGGUAUCAAACAUCCUGACUGGAAAAUGUUAGGUGAUCAAUAUUUUAACGAGAAAAAAUACACUAUUGCAUUAAACUGUUAUCUAUCAUGUGAAAAGAAUCGAGCCGAUGAACUAAUUCUGGAAAAAGCACAUCUAAGUUCUCCAGCAUCACUCCUGUAUUAUGUCACUGUUUACAAACGACUAAGUGGCAGCAAUCAGACGGUAGGAUAA